AUGUCAGGGGCCAAUGAUCGCGAAGCCGUCUUUCCAACCCGGCAAUCGCUGGGCAUCAUGAAGGCAAAGCUUAAAGGCGCAGAGACAGGCCAUAGUUUAUUGAAGCGAAAGAGUGAAGCUCUGACAAAACGAUUUCGAGAGAUCACAAGGCGAAUCGAUGAGGCCAAGCGAAAAAUGGGGCGAGUCAUGCAAAUCGCAGCUUUCUCGCUGGCAGAAGUGACAUAUGCCGUUGGUGGUGACAUUGGGUACCAAGUGCAGGAGUCCGCCAAGUCUGCUCGGUUCCGCGUUCGUACGAAACAAGACAACGUAUCCGGUGUUCUCCUUCCGGCUUUCGAAAGCUACCUUACCGAAGGAAACAAUGACUUCGGUCUGACGGGUUUGGGCAAGGGAGGGCAGCAGGUUCAGCGAUGCAGGGAAACAUACGCUCGGGCUGUUGAGGCGCUGGUUGAGCUGGCUAGUCUGCAGACCGCCUUUGUCAUCCUAGACGAGGUCAUCAAAGUUGUCAAUCGGCGUGUGAACGCGAUUGAGCAUGUCAUUAUUCCCAGGACUGAGAACACCAUCAAAUACAUCAACUCUGAGCUUGACGAGCUCGACCGCGAGGAGUUCUACAGACUAAAGAAGGCGGGUUUUAGCAUUACCGUUGCGAACAAGAAACAGCGAGAUACUGCUGUAGCAGAUGCCGAGAUGAAGGCAAGACGUGAGGCGGAAGCAUUCGUGCAGGGCGGAGACAAGUUCCAGAAAGCCGAUUCCACACCUGCAGAUGUCCUGGGCGCCGGAGACGACGAAGACGUCAUUUUUUGA